UUUCGAAUUCUGUAACAGGUUCUCUAAUCCAUUUGCAUUUGUAUUCGUUGUUUGUAAACUAUAGCAUAUGAAAAAUACUAUGUACGUAUUCAUGACAAGGUUAAACCAGUAUUAAAUCGAUAAGAUGCAUUUUUGCUAAAGGACGAAAUACGUGAUAAGGAAACGUUUAAGUGUCAUAUUUAUGUUUUCGCAGAGGUUAGUGCAGAAAUAUGUUGAUUCAGAAAUGGGUCGUGGAGGAUAUCACUCCAAUAGGGCGGAGUUCCUUUCAGACGAAGCCAUUUUGAAAUAUAGUCGCAAUGGGGGAUGUUUUGUUACCACUAAAAAAGCCAUAGGAUUUGUAGUAUUCGCUCUAAUCUCUCUAUUAAUUGUAGUAUUAUUAAUGUAUUAUUAUGGUCCGACAAAAACUAGUGAAAAGAUAAUUAAAGAAUCGAAUGAUAUAGAAAAGUUAAUAAACGACACAAUAAACGAAGAAGCGACGAAAGAAGCUCUGCGGUUACCAAAAUCAUUGUACCCUCUGCAUUAUAGACUAUGGGUCCAUCCCAUUUUAGAUGAACACAGUGAGAACAACUUUACCUUUACUGGGCGUGUCAUCAUAGAAGUCAAGUGCAUUGAGGACACGAAUAAAAUCAUACUUCACGCAGAUGAUCUAAACAUUUCCGAAUCCGAUUUUAAAGUAUAUACCACGAGACAGGUUGAAAUAACUACAGAGCUACCAACUGGUAAUACCACAGCCCAUAACAUAUCUCGUAGAGAUGUCGAUGAUGCAGAACCUACGACAGAAACUGCUACAGAAACUAUGACAGAAACAGCACUUCCAGCUGAAGGAGAUACAACAACUACAGAAGCGGAAACUGAUACAACGGUGACUGAUGCGUCAACAGUAAUUACAGAACCAGUUACAGAAAAGAUCGUCUACAGAACUGAAAAUAUACCGUUAAGAAUACUAACGCUGGAAACGGACGACUUUAAUUUUAAAAUAAAAAUAUCUUUGGCGGAAGUAUUGGAAAGUGGAAAAACGUACAUGAUAGAAAUCAAAUUUGCUGGAGAAAUUAUUGAGAACUUGAUUGGAUUGUACAAAACAAGUUACGUUGACUCAUUAGGAAGUACGAAGUGGCUAGCUACAACUCACCUUCAGCCGACAUCUGCUAGAAGAGUUUUUCCAUGUUUUGAUGAACCAUAUUUUAGGGCACCCUUUGAAAUCAGUGUAGCUAGAAGAACCAAUAUGACUGUGUUGUCAAAUAUGCCAAUUAAACAAACUGAAGUAAUGAACGACACCGAUUGGGUUUGGGACCAUUUCCAGCAGACACCAUCGAUGUCGACAUAUUUGGUGGCGUUUACGAUAAGCGACAUGAAGAGUAUUUCAGCUAACAUCACAGCAGGACCACCUGUCAAAAUUUGGGCACCAGAAACCGACCUCAGCCAAGCACAAUAUGCACUAGACGUCAUAAUGGAAUUGUUACCGUUUAUGGAGGAUUAUUUUGAUAUGAAGUUUCCUUUACCCAAGUUAGAUUUACUUGCAAUUCCUAAUUUUGGUAAAACUGCUAUGGAGAACUGGGGCAUCAUAUCCUUUAGAAAAUCUUCAGUCUUAUUUGAUCCUAAUUCCACUAGUAUUAAGACCAGAAGCUAUAUAUUAGCGAAAAUUGCGCAUGAGUUGGUCCAUCAAUGGUUUGGAAACUUGGUUACGAUGGAAUGGUGGUCUGACCUCUGGUUAAAUGAAGGGCUUGCCACGUUCAUAUCGGAAAUAGCAAUUACAACGCUAAGACCUAAAUGGCAUGCUUACAGUAGCAUAAAAGUUAGGGAUACCUAUAAUACACUAAAUGACGAUAGUCUCAAAUCAGCAAGAAGUAUGCAGAGGGAAAUUAUAACAAAUUCCGAAAUUGAGGAAGUGUUCAAUCCUAUAAUCUACAGAAAAGGAAGUAGCAUUCUGAAAAUGUUAAAUGCUACAUUAUCACACGAACAUUUCAAGAAAGGUUUGCAAGAUUUCAUCAAGAAAUUCGCUUACAAAUCUGUCACUCAGGAUGAUCUCUGGUCAAUUUACACAAACACGGCCCAAAACCAAAGCCUUAUUCCCGAUACAGUAACGGUCAAAGAUCUAAUGAACUCUUGGUCUAUGCAAAGCGGAUAUCCAUGUGUAACCAUUAAUAGAGAUUACUUUACUGGUGUAGCCACCAUUAAUCAAACUAAGAUGACGGAGGAUGCGAAUCUCACUUCUGAUGCUCUCUGGUACAUUCCUAUCACAUAUAUCACGAAAGGUCAUAGUGAAAUUAAGGAAAUAUGGCUGGAGAAUGUGCGAGAGACCAGUUUAAAUAUGAGUGGUAUUGGAAAUGGAUCUUGGAUACUUUUAAAUAUUGACGAAACAGGAUUUUAUAGAGUGAACUACGAUACACACAAUUGGAAGCUGUUAAUUUACCAACUAAGAACAGGUUCCAAUCAGAUCCCCGUAACAACAAGAGGUCAACUUAUCGACGAUUCUUUUGCUUUAGCAGAAGUAGGAUUAAUUAAUUACACCAUAGCUUUCGAUUUAGUCAAGUAUCUCUACAUAACCGAGCCUAAUUAUAUACCAUGGUACAGUGCUUUAAGAAAUAUGGAAGAACUGAGAGAAAUCAUUAGCAACUAUGAAUACUCUGGAUUAUACGACAAUUUCCUACUCAAACUUGUAACGCCAAUGUACAACGAACUAGGAACGGACACUAGAGUUUUUGAUACCCAAAAUGAAAAAUUGUUACGGUUGCAUAUAGUUAUCUCGGCGUGUAAAUUGAGAUACGGUAAAUGUAUUACUUGGGCAAGGAAUAUAUUCUAUCAAUGGAUGAAAGAAGAGGAUCCUGAUGCAGAGAAUCCAAUUCCAGUUGACUAUCGGUUCAUAGCGCAAUGUGCUGCUAUUAAAUCUGGUGGGCCUGUUGAGUGGGAUUUCCUUUGGAAUCGAACCCGAUAUGCGAAUAUAGCGCCGGUGGAUCUGCAAACUGCAUACCAAAGUUUAGGGUGUACGUAUGAUCCUUGGUUGAUAAAUAGAUAUUUGGAGUAUUCCUUAUCUGGCAACGUUAGCUUGGAAUAUGUGCCCUACGUCUGGCAAUCCAUAAACCAUCCUGUGGGAGUUAGAACUGGUUUCCAAUUUCUAAGGUUAAAUUGGAACUUAAUUUAUAAAACCUACGAGGAGGUUUAUUUAGUUUUUAGUACGAUUUUCCAUGACUUCCUUGGACAAUUCUCCACUGAAGCUGACCUAGAAGAUCUGACAACGUUUUAUAAAAUCCAUCAAACCGACCUGAAAACCAUCUCUACAAUUCUGCAAAGUACAGUUGACAGAAUCAAAGUUCGCAUUAACUGGAAAACAAAGCACUUGGAUUCAGUAGUCAAUUGGUUAAAGAGAAACAGAUAUUGAAGCAAUGGUGUCAUUGCAUAGUAUUGUAUAUUAUAAGUAAAGCUUAAGUUGUAUAUGUGUUUAUUACAGAUGAGUUUGUUAUUUUCGUGUAUGUAUAUAUCUAGCUGUAGUAGUAAGUUUUUGUUGAUUUGUAAAAUAUUACUUAAACAUGUAUUGUACGUAUUUGAAUUGAAUAACUUAAUAAACCUAGUCAAACAGAA